AUGGACCCCGGUUUAAGCUCAGUCGAGCAAGUUGUCGUGUCACAGGCUCUUCACCACUUGUGCUACUGCAUCCUCAAUCACGACUUCCUUUUGCGUCAAAUGAUGUCUAACACGACCACAAGACUUCCCGUCGGCUUUGUCAUCAACGCGCUGCAGAGCGGCCUGUAUCAUGCAACAGAAUUCAACCGAGUCCUCAAGUCGGCAUUGGAGGCAGGAUGCAAGACUGUUUCCUCCUUUCUGAGCUACGCCUGUCUAUUCUGCGCCACCAUCCAUGCCGUGUACAGACACUCAGAUAACCAGGCUGUCCGCGACCAGGCCUUUAAGGAUCUGAAAUUUGCUUUGUCUUUUCUCCAGCGAAAAGCACGGUACUGGCCAAAUUCGGCUACAAUGAGACCAAGCUGUGGACAGUGUAUAAAAGCCGAUGUUCGUUGUGAAGGCUACAUCCAGCCCCGUAUUUUCGUCCAUACGAGCCAGAAGCAUGCAGAUGCAAGUGCUCAAACUCAACGUUUUAUACCUGAAUCGUAUGCGGCGCCGCCUCGAACUGAAUCAGGCGCCUUCCCUGUUUCGCCCAAGACAACAUCUUCAAUGGUAUCAUCUAUUAUUUCUGAGCUUGAGCAAUCGCUGGGCUCUGUUGCCUUCCAAUGCCAAUGCCUUGACAACUUUUGGACCUCUUUGCUCCCAAACAGCCGUGAGUUUCCAAAGAGCGCUUCAAACUACUCUACAGCUGGUUGGACGAGAAUUGUGCAAGGCCUGUGUGAGCGGCAUAGUCUUGUGCGCCUUGCCGUCGUUGCAAACGCCUUGAGCUUACUGGGCGACCAGAGUGGGCAGGGGUUCAUAGUUGUACAAGCAUGGCAUGUGUACGGCAGGUCAUUGGAAAUCCUGGCUCGAUCGCUUCCCGCGAUGAACGAUACGAAUGGUGAUGAACUCCUUGCUACCUCGAUUUUACUUGCUCAAUACGAGGGAGCCAGAAGUCGACAUUCGGCCUUCUCUUCGGGCCAGAGGUGGAACCGACACGCCCUGGGAGAAAAGGCUAUCCUUACAGCAAGAAAUCCCAAUAGUUUCACAGAUGGAUACUCUCAUCAACUGCUCAUUGAUAGUCGCCUUCAUUUGACGUAUCCUGAUCUUCGCCAUCGUAAACGAUCCACUUUUGCUUCUCUUGAAUGGAAGACAACUCCUUGGUUACUGAAGCCCAAGGAUACCAAAAAUGAGCUUAUAGAUGUGCUCGUCGAUAUUCCAGCUAUCAUGGAAGAUUUCGACGCGCUUACGGACUCUACGCCCAAGAAAGUAGACAACCAAGUGUCUGGGCAUCAGCAGCUGGAAGAAAGGUGCUGGAUUCUGGAUGCCCAGCUGCAACGGUGGUCUAACACAUCAGGACUUACCACAGUCAACUUCGUCGCCAAUGAGGUCUCCGGUGAGCCCCAAGCGACUACCAUACCUACUUCUGAAGAUUUUGCCAUGGCCCAUCUGGGGCUGAUAUAUUGGACAGUCUGUUUGUUGCUAUAUCAACACAUGUAUCAACUCGGCAAAAUCAAUCCAACCGGAACCGACCUUCCAGAACGAGUUGAGCCGCGGCAGUAUUGUCGCAGAAUUGCGCUCCUGCUCCCGUAUUUUGCAAAGAGCAAUCUGGGCGAAUUCUUCAUCAAUAUGACUGCUUUUCCAGCCAUCACUAUCGCCCGCUUUCUUGAUCGAUAUGACACCCCAGGACAGUCUUCCGAAGAACGGAAACUGCUUCAAUCAGCGUUUGGAGGAACAUACAAGCGUCGAAUCGACAACUUUCUGGGAACUUGGCCUUGA